ACUCGAUUUUUGUGAGUUUUGGUUUGGCGCGUAAAGCACUGCUCAUUCAAAAUUUUCGUCACUAGUCCGCCACAUCGUACCAAGCAAGCACCCCGACUAGACAGAUAACGAAGCAGUUGGCAUUUCAAUCGCAGUCCUGAAUAUGUCCUCAAAACUACAGAAACCGAUUAGGAUCUUUGGGCAGCGAUCAAUUGAUUCAACAUUCCGUAAACUCCCUUCUGAUUCCUCAACUAGUUCCAACGAUCUUAAAGGCAAUGAGGGAAGACAAGGCUCGCACAAGAGCACCCCUGUCUCGCUUUCAGACUUCCUCGACCGCAAGUUGCGGAAAUCUUCUUUAGUUCUCGGAAGAAUUCAGGGGAAACCAACGCCUUUUUCAUCUCCCCUGGGUCUAGGAACAUCCGGAGUUAAAAAUGUUGGGAACAUUGAACAAGUUGAUAAAGAGACGACGAGUAUCAGUGAUAGAGUGAUUUUUGAAAAUUUCAAGCAUAAUGAUGAAGAGAAGGGAGAUUUCAUCGGUCCAAGUGGUGUUAAUGAGACAGAAAAUUCCGUCGAAGAUGAUACGCAAGACUCAAGGAAAAGAAAGAAUUCAUUUGCAGGACUGAGUGAGAACCAUACUGUCAAACGGCAAGUGGUAACUCUUGGAGGUGAAUCAACCAGAAGGCAAAUAAAAAGAACUGCUACUCAUUCUUCAAGCAACAAAAGGCGCCGACCGCUUUACAAUCACUAUAAAAAUGGCUGUGGAUGGUGGGACUGUGACAUGGAAGGUAUUGACAACGAGGAAGUCGGCUUCCAUGAAGUAUGGGAAGGGGUGGGGUCCACCUCACUUGGAGAGAUCGUUGAUUGGCAUUGAUUUCACCUUGUGUUUUUCUGUAAGUAUUUUGCUUCUAUUUUGUAUCAAGCAUAACUAUUGUCAGAAGGGGAACUAGCAGAGGCCCAUGGCCUUUCCAAGUUUUCAAUUUCUUUUUAAUAUGUCAUGUUAUACAUUUGCGAUUUCCUAAAAUCCAUAUGUUCUCUAAUUGAUUAAUUUCAGUUCCUCUAACAUCUAAAUGCUAGUUCUGCUACUGGUUCUAACUAAGCUCUUGCAUUGAUUGGUAGUUGAGCAGAUGCAAACGUCACUUGAAUUUUAUGGUUUCUGUCAAAUCUACAGGGCUAAAAGUAAAUGACUUCAGUCACCGGGUGUGUCGAUAGUCUAGAAAACAUUAGGGACGUCCUUCAAAGUCAGCUGCGCCACCACCCCGGUGCUCAAUUUGCUAGUGCCUAUUCUUUCUUUCUUUCUUUCUUUUUUGGUCAAAGCUAUUGCCUAUUCGUGAUAUUGUAAAGUUGGGUAGGUGCCAUGCUACAGACAGCAUUUGAAGUGUCAAGAAUGCAAUGCGUAGAAUGAGUCGGUGAAUAAGAGUGGUAGGUUUUCUGUCAAUGCGUCUUUAGUAUGAACAAUAUAUUAAUCAAUGUGUAUGGAUGUCAACAAAAAUGAAA